AUGGCCAGAAAGAGGAACAGUAAGAAUAAAAAGAACCGCAGAAAGGCAAGCAAGGACAAGUCGAAUUUAUCACAGAGCACAACUAGUUUGAGCAGUACCGAUUCAGCUCACUCAUCAUCAAUUUUGGAGCAACAACACGAUUCUCCAUUGGAAAAUAACGGUAAUAUGAUGAAUUUUAAUCUUAUUCGGAAUGUUGAUGAUCAACAACCACAACAACAAACAAAUUCUCUCCUCAACAAUGUUGCUAUUUCCUCAUCCUCCAAUAGUAUUCCAAUAUUAUCAUCAGGUAAUGCAGAUACCUCCCUCUAUACAAGAAGGUCUGCCGUGACAUCGAGAUGGGUUGAUGAGCAAGACUUUUCUCCAGCAUCAUCACCAAUUAAUAAUGUUAUUGUUGUGGAUGAACGUCAUGAAGUCAAGUUGGAAAUUUUAGAAAAAUCACAUUCUUCACAUCAUCAUCACAUGUCUUCAUCAUUGAUUGAUGCACAAUUUGAUGAACAAUUCGAAAAGGCAACGAGUAGUAGGAAGACAUCAAAGAAAAAGCUUACUGUUGCUUCAUGGAGUGCAUCAAGUGUUGAAGGAGAAAACAUUGAUGAAGAUGAUGAUAAUAACAAGUCAACCAUUCAACAGAUUGGUGAACAAGCACCUGAUUUAAUCUUGUUGCAAGAUGUCAAUUAUGGACAAUUAAUUAAAUCAUUGAAAUGCUUGAAAAAGGCUGAAGAACACUUGGAAAUGAAGCAUGAAGAAACCAUGACUGACAGCGAGGAUAAUGAGCCACCAGUUUAUAAAUGGUUCUGUUGUGGACACAAGAAUAGUUAUGAACCAAGUAAACUUGACGAAACUAUAGAAAGUAGUGAGGAAAGAGACGAAGAUACACCAAUGAUUCAAUCUACCUCCACCACCAGUAUAAUAACAAGAUUUUUACAGAAUGAAGUCAGAAAUAGAGAAACCGAAGAUAGGGAUCCUGAUGACUUUGUCACUGAAUACUUGCCAAUAAUUUAUAAUUCCGAAAGAUUGAAGUGUGUAGAUUGUGGCGUCUAUUGGUUUAGUAAGAACCACAAGGAAGCAGGUACUAAAUCCUGGGACUCACUUGUGCCUCGUUUCUGUAAUUGGGCAGCCUUUGUUUUUAAACCAUAUGAUGAGGAGGCAGAGGAAGAGUACAAGGACUUUAUUGUUUUUAACACUCAUUGGGAUCAAGGAGUGGAAGCUAGAAGAUAUGCUGCUCAUUCUAUGAGACAAGAAAUUGUUGGUAAAAUGUCAAAUUACAAUUCAAUUACAAACAAGACAACAAUUACACCAACCAUUACUGUUGGUAAUUUUAACAGUUUACCAAAAUCAAAUGCUCUGAGUAUUCUGGUUACUGGAACUGACCUUGGUGCUCACAAUAAUGAUGACCAAACUAAACCUAUUGAUAGUGACUCUGACUCUGAUGAUUUCCCAACACCAUACGAUAGAGAAAGCUUAAUUAUUCCAUGUCAAAAACAAUUAUCUGCUUCCUUGAUGGUCUUUGAAAAGACAGACUCUCGCCAAUCGACUGCCUCCUCUGAAGAUCAUCACGAUGAAGAUAAUGAUGAAGAUGAAUCCAGUGAAUCUGAAUCAUAUUCAGGAACAUGGUAUCAUAAUGUUGCCUUUGAACCAACCUUUGUUGAUCAAGAAACCAAAGAAUCUUCUACCCUCGACUAUGUCUUCAUUUCCCCUUGUGUUAAAACAUUGGACUUCCAAUUGUUGGAAACAAAUACUAGCACCGAAUCCCAACACCACAAACCUUUAAUUACCACCUUUGAACUGUAAUCCUACCUUUAUUAAAUUAUUUCCUUUUCUU